CCCAGUCCCACUUGGCUGUCUUAUUGCUGUCAUUUUGCUGUCAGAUCGGGCUGUUAGCUACUGUAUUACGCUAUUACCGGCGCCCAUGUCUGCCCUAGCCCGGACUCCUCGGCCUAUGCCCCCCCGGCUUGGCCAUCGCGCAGAGCCGCCCCCCUAUGCUUACGGUGUGCCCGGGAACCUUCCAGGAGUCCGGCGCAGUAGGGUCCGGUCGCACCGUCCGCCACCUGAUGUCCGCUACAUCUUCCAGCAACAGGAGCAGCAGCAGCAGCCGUGGGUUGCGCACAAGUUCCAGGCCGAGGCCGCUGUGAACGCCUGGUGUGACUUUUGCGUUCGCUUUAUCUUCUCCGGGGCCCUGCGUUGCUCGGACUGCAAAUACACAUGUCACUCCCACUGCAAGGACCGCGUGCAUCUGAGCUGUGAACCGAAUGGGAAGUUAAUGGAAUGUAUCCCUGCAAAUGAAACGCUGGACCGCUCUAACAACAAUGAGAAGGAUAUUGAAAAGGAAAAAGAUUCCCUGUCAUACCUCAGUAAGGAAGAAACCAAAGACAAGAUCCAGCUUUACAAUGCAGCGGUUACUGACAAAUUGAAGAUGACCUUGAAUUCCAGUGGAAUUUACACAGGCUUCAUCAAAGUGCAAAUGGAGCUCCGGCGACCAAUCACUGUACGGGGACGUGCACACAGCCAUGCUCAUAGCAAUGGCAAUGAAACUGCCUUUUACUUGCCCAAGGGCAGCCUAAACAUACUGCACAUCAGUAGUACAAACACUGUGCGAGAAGUCAUCGAGGCCUUGCUAAAAAAGUUCCUGAUUGCUGACAAUCCUGCCAAAUUUGCACUUUACAAACGUUGUCAGAAGGAAGAUCAAGUUUACAUGUGUAAGUUAUCUGACAGGGAACACCCUCUGUAUCUCAGACUGGUAGCUGGGCCCAGCCUCGAAGCUCUCAGCUUUGUUUUGCGUGAGCAUGAAACCGGAGAUGUUAUGUGGGAAGCCUUCACACUACCCGAGCUGCAGAACUUCUUGCGCAUAUUAGACAAAGAAGAAGACGAGCAGUUGCAGAGUUUAAAAAGACGUUACACAUCAUACAGGGCAAAGUUAGAAGAGGCUUUGAGUGGAGUGCACAAUCCUGGCUAAAACCUAGGCAAUGGAGCUUCUAAUGUGGUCUUCUGUUACAGUAUUCAGCAACAGGGACAAAGGUGUGCAGCUCUGUUCAACAGACUCUUACUGGGGACUCGUCCCUUUAGAGAAGGCGGAUCUAUAAGGUGUAUACCAACACUCAUCAGGACACUGCAAAUGACCACUACUUAGGUGGUGCAAUAGACAAUCUAAAAACCGAAAUCAUUUUUACAUGUUUUUAUUUUUUAAUUUUCAUGUAAAUUAUUACAGCUUUAAGUCUGCUAAGGUUUCUUAAGACUUUGUUACAAAGUCAGAAACUGGUAUUUAUAUAAAUUCAUGUUUCUAAAGAGAAUGUUUUUGUGAUGUUGCCUACGUGAAUUUGGUCAUGCUGUCAGGUAAGCAAGGAACCUGAAGAUUCGUAAGAAUUCAUGAAGGUUAUGAAGCGGGAAUAGUUCAGUGGUAUCUGGUAUGUUCAUAUGCUGAGAUGUGAGGCAGAAAGCAUAGUAAAAUAUUUUGGAUUGGUGCUGGGAAGUCUCAUUUUAAGAUGGAUUAAGACAGAGGACUGUGCAGAUAUGUAUCUAUGCAGUGUAGGCAAAAUGCUAUGACAGGUUAUUUUCUGCCUGUUCAACUGCUAAGACAACAGUGCAGUGAAUGCUUAAAUGUUAGAUGCAGGACGAUGUAAGGGAGGGAACACUGUAUUGCAGACCUUUUGCAGUUGAGUACAGAAGGACAAUGUGCAAAAAGGACAAAUGCUGUCCCUGUCUGGGUAAUUGAGUUUCUGGGUUUAGCAUGUAGUGAGGAGAAGGCACUGUGUUUGUUGAAAGGGAAGGAGCCACAGUCUGUGGUUGUAGGGUAGCAGUGCUAAAGUGGAUAGACUUGGUAAGUUUCUUGAGAGGAGUGGGCUAUAUUACUACUACCAUUGUGUCAUUGGGCAAGCGAUGGCAGAAUCAGUUGGGCGUAUAUAUAUCAGCAUGAGUUCAAGGACUGAGCAAACAUUAGAAAUUAUUGCAUGAAAACAUGCAUGCUGGGAGCAAAACCAAAGAAUGAGCAUAUGUGAAUCCGCAAUGAAGGGUUUUUUUCCCCCAUCAACAUAUGAUUUAUUUUGCUAAAUUACAUUUUUUAUGUUUUUCAUGUUUGUUAGAAAAAUUCCACUGUAAAAGGGGGUAGUUCAAAGUUUACCUUUUUUACAGCACAUUUGAGGCAUAUACAAUUACUGUUGAACUGUGUAUUGUGUCUGACCCCUGGUGGCCAAGCUGUUUUAUUUUUUUUGUUUUGUUUUGAAGCAGAGGGUCAGUGGUGCCUUCAUCUCUAAACAUUUUAUUACAGAUUAUUUGGCAUUAAUGCUACAGGGAAGUGGGCAGGUUUAUGCGUGUUUAUUUUUAUAGAAAAAAAGUCUUCAUGUACUGUAGGGGUCCAUUCAUGCAUUUUAGUUUUUAUUUAUAACUAUUUUGUUUUCUAAAACUCGAUCGGCCAACUCUCCAGCUGUUGUUGACCUACAGCUCUCAGCUGACAGCUGCUGAAGAAUGCUGCACAAUCUGGAGGACUGCAUGCUGGGCACAGCUGUUUUGGCACAUUAUCAUGCUUGUGUGCAUUUACAAAAACUAGCAAGUCCACUGGGUUAUGCCAUGGCUAAGAACUGCAUUUCCUAUUGCUAAUCUAACUCUUCCUCUGCCUUUGCCCAAGCAGUUAAAACACAGAUCUAUGAUACAGCUCUGGUCUUUGAUAGACUCUACUUAAGCAGCUUCCCAGGGUGCCAGCAGGUUUUAUUAUCUUCUGGAAAAAGAUCAAUAAUCAUAUGCUGCUUGCCUUUAGCUAAAUAUACACUGCUUGGCCAUGUGAAUGACAGACAAAGCUCUCCACCAUUUAUCGUUUAUGCUCACUAUUCUGCACAUGAAGCUGCCGUGGCAGUGAAAGAAUAUCGCUUUGCUAAAGAAAAAUUGGCUCAGGGAGGGAAGGAUAUUAUGGUUUAUUUGCAUGCCUAAUCCAGGAGUUCAUUUCUUAAGCAGGCUAAGCAGACUGUUGCUACAACCUAUAUUUUAUAGAAAUAUCAACUGUGAAAUUUUAUUUUAUUUUUUUUACUUGAAGUUGACUAUGGCAUAUUGGAUAAUUCAUCAUAAAGCUCAUUCUAUGCACUACAUGUCAUCGGAUAGGGGCAAAGUACUGUAUUGACCUGUUCAUGUACACAGUCCUGGUUUUACCUUUAAUGAGACAAAGCCAUUUUUAUAGUGCCCCACAUUAACUGAAUGUCUUACCCAUGGUCCUCUGCAAUGCCAGUGUGCUUCACUAUGUGAGAUGAUCUAUGCAGCAGAAAUUCGCACUGGAAAUUAACUUACUCUGCACAAGCGAUAAGAUUGAACACACUGGUAAUAUUGGCAACACAAAUGGAUUCGGGCAUUGGGAAUAAUUAGCCAGCAUUCUCAGCUGCAAUUAAGGUCUUAAAUACUGAAAUAAAAAUUGUGAUGCAAUAUUAUUUCUAAUAUAUACUAUUUGAUGGUACAGGAGAAGAAAGAGAAGUAAGAUUUUGGGGUGCAUUUAAAGCGCAGUUUUAAUAGUUAUAAUAUUUAUAAUUUUAAAGAAGUUUAAAAUUUUAUUUUUUAUAGGGAAUUGAUUUCCCAGAGUAAGUCUCGGCUCAGUUAUUAUUACAUUUGCAGUUGACAGUACUGUUCGUAUAUUUUGACAAUGUAAUGUUCAUGAUCAAUAUAAUUUCUGUUCCAGAAAUAGUUGUCUUUCAUCUGGUUCCACUCAAAAGAACUGUCAUGUGUUCAAUGAAAUAAAGACUGAAAUCUGCA